ACUGGAGCCUUACAGAAAACCGCAGCCAAAUAAUACUAGACCCUACUCAUAGUGUUGUGUUCCUGCCGGUGAGUAAGGUUGCCAGAGCUCAACGAGAGUGCGGAGUGUUAGGGUCGGCAACGCGCAGGAAACUCCCCUGGCGUUGCAGGCGUACAUAAGCUACGGAAACGCUGCAAGCAAGUAUUUAGGUCAAAUUUAGCUUCCAAGAUUUGACACUAACGAAAUAACAUACUCACAGGGCAUUUUAAAUAAAAGCUUAUAAAAAUAGCAAAAUAAAUUGAUAAAUACGUAAAACAACUAUGAGGAAAAUUAUUCAGGAUAUAUUUUACAAGAACAUUAUUUCGGAACGAAUAAAUACACAGACGAGCAAAGUUACAAGUAAAUAAGUAGGUAUAUAAUGUAGGGCUUAACUUGGCACACCCAUUUGCUGGCUGAAUACACUGUUCUUUGAAAUGUAUUUGACAACAUCUACUUGACUGUAUUCUAGCAAAUAAAUGAUUUGAUAUUUGAAAUCGGGACUGAUUUCGGGGCCGGAUAUCAGGAAGUGUGGAUGUAAUUGGCGCUUAACAUGGAAUAUGCACAUCGGUGCGGAUAUCAGACCCGACUUCGGGCCGGAGAAAUAAUAAUUUCCGUUUCACCAAAUAUCAGCACAUCGUUUACAAUAUUUGAAAGUUAAUAUGCAAAACUAUCAAACAUUUAUUGCAAAUAGUUUGUCUCGUAUUUUUUUACAUUUCAAAUAUUGUUAACGAUGUUCCGUGAAACAGAAAACGAUUAUCAGGCCCGACAUCAGGGCUGACUUCGGGGAGUGUGGAUGUAAAGCGCCAAUUACAUCCACACUUUAUCAGGCCUGAAAUCAAACCCGGUUUCGGGCCUGAGAAAUAAUAUUUUUCCGUUUUACCAAAUAUCAGCACAUCGUUUACAAUAUUUGAAAUGUAAAAAAAUGGUUCAUAUGCGAAAAUGUCAUACAUUGAACAUUUUUGGCAAUUAGAAAUGUGACGAUUACACAAGAAAAGUAUGGGUUGCGACCUGCAAGUCGGCACUCCGUUGUCAAAUGUCGAGCGAGCAGCUAUUUUUUACAUAUCAAAUAUUGUUUACGAUGUGCUGAUUUUCCGUAAAACGGAAAAUGAUUAUCAGGCCCGAAAUCGGGAAGGGUAGAUGUAAUUGGCAUUUAAUUGGUGCUUAAAAUCCAAACAAGAAAAAAUAUAUUGCAGAAUAUGAACCAUGUAUGUCUAUGGAACAAAAUAAUAUAAUACUCAAACGAACGAAACGAAAUCAAUUAUCCUAUUUAUGACAAGGCAGUAUGGCUUAGAGCUUUAGCCUGUCCAGAUUGACAAAAAAAACGAAAACAACGAAAUGUCAUAAAUCGAAAUGUCAUUAGUGUCAAUUGAAUUACUGAAAUUGGAAUUUGUUGUAUUUUACUCUUUCUAUUUAAUUAACAUUCUAAACGUAAAAAGAACCGUAUUAGUUGACAAUGGAGUCUUCAGCGCAUGAGAAAGUUAACAUAAAGUCUGAGUCCGUAAGGGACGAUGUCUGCAUGAAAGAUCUGUUGUCGUGUUCAGAUAUUCAUAUAAAGGCCGAGCGUACGUCUGAUGAUGACAUUGAAGUGAAGCCCUCAUUGAAUGAGUCGAUAGAUGUAAGAAACGAAGGCGUGUGUGUUAAAGAGUCUACGUGGUAUGAUGUGUCUGUAACUGUAAAAGAGGAGCCAUCCUGCUCAGACGUAAUUGUAAAAGUCGAGCCUUUAGAUGUGUUUAUGACGGACGAACGUUCAGAGAAUGACUGUCAUUUAGAAAAGACAUCCGUGACUGUAAAAGUAGAACCAUCAAAGUCAGGUGUGGCUGUAAAGGAUUGUGAGAAACUGGAGGGCAUACAAGCGGGGCUGUACACCGAUCAUGCAGUUAAAGAUGAGCUGGUGCGUGGCCCUGAGCUGGUGGAGCAGCAAGUCUGUGCAGCUGAAGGGCAAACAUCACAGGGGGACCAAAACGACACAUACGAGACUUACCGAUGUGACCACUGCAGUUUCACAACGCUCAAAAAGAACGCUCUAGAGAUUCACGCAAGCAAACACAACAGCGAGAACCUCUACCGCUGCGAGCACUGUAACUACACAUCCAAAAAGAGAACCCAUCUCCAAAGUCAUUUAAUAAUGCACACUGACGAAAAGCCAUUCAAAUGUGGUCAAUGUAGUUUUUCUACUAAACGAAAACCUGCCUUAAGAGUCCAUGAAUUGAUACAUUCUGAAGAAAAGCCACUCAAAUGCGACCAAUGCAGUUUUUCUACUAACCGAAAACCUAACUUACGAGCCCAUGAGUUAACACAUUCUGCAGAAAAGCCAUUCAAGUGUGACCAAUGCAGUUAUGCUUGUGUAGGGAAAAGUAAGUUAAAUCGUCAUAAAAAAAUACAUUCAGGUGAAAAACCGUACAAAUGUAGCCAAUGUAGUUAUGCUAGUAUUAAAAAAGACAAUUUACUAUGUCAUGAAAUGAAGCACACUGGUGAGAAGCCUCAUAAGUGUAACUAUUGUAGUUUUGCCACUAUCAGACUGUCUGAUUUAAAAACCCACGAAAGGAAACACACCGGUGAAAAGCCGUAUAAAUGUGGUCAGUGUAGUUAUGCUUGUACACAAAUAAGUAGUUUAAAGUCUCACGAAAGAAUACAUAGUGGAGAAAAACCAUUCAAAUGUACUUAUUGUAGUUUUACUAGCAGACAACAAAGUGAACUACGAAUUCAUAAGAUGAAACAUACUGGUGAAAAGCCAUACAAAUGUGACCUAUGUAGUUGUGCGUAUAGAAAAGUAUGUCAAUUAAAACUCCAUGUAAAAACACAUACAGGAGACAAGCCUUACAAAUGUGGCCACUGUAGCUAUGCUUCUAGCAAAUUAGUAAAUGUACAACGCCAUGAAAUGAAACACAGCGGGGAGAAACCAUACAAGUGUGAUCAGUGUAGUUUUGCCAGUGAAGAGAAAAAUAAGUUAACACUUCACAUUAGAAAACAUACUGGAGAAAAGCCGUUCAAAUGUGGGCAGUGUAGUUACACAGCUGCCCGGAAGAUUUACUUAGUUCAUCAUGAAAAGAUACACACUAAAUAGAAUAUUGUAUUUCUUUAUUUAACAUACUAUAAAUGAAAUAAUAUUUUGUACAUGAUCAUUUCAUAAUUUGAGAUUAAAAUAUUUCUAUGUUUCAUACUUUUUAGA